CAGCAAAGAGCCGACAUGCCACGCCUCAAACGCUCUAACGUGAUCAUUAUCCAUCCCGACCUCGGCAUUGGGGGCGCAGAGCGCCUCAUCAUCGACGUAGCGCUUGCGCUGCAAUCCCGCGGUCACCGCGUCACCAUCUACACCUCCCACCGAGACAAGACACACUGCUUUGAAGAAGCGCGCGAUGGAACCCUGGAUGUUCGGGUUAGGGGAAAUUCAUUAUUCCCAGCACAUGUGUGCGGACGACUCUACGUGUUCAUGGCGGUGUUGAGACAGUUACAUCUUACAUUGUCGGUGCUGCGGGAACUCAACCCCCCUGGUACCGGUACCCGUGGCGGAACGACAGCGAAGGACUCAAACCCAAACACAGACACAGACGGACCUGAACAAGAUGAAGACGAUAUCUUCAUCGUCGACCAGGUUCCUGCCUGCGUGCCCGUGCUGAAGACACUAAGCCCGAGCAGCCGCGCAGGACGAGGAAAGCAACGCAUUCUCUUCUACUGCCAUUUCCCGGAUCAAUUGCUCUCAAGACGCGACGAGGGCGGUUCUAUUCUCCGUCUACUGAAGAGGUUGUAUCGGUACCCGUUCGACUGGUUCGAGGGGUGGGCUGUCAGUGCGUCGGAUAAAGUGGUUGCGAACUCGAAUUUCACGCGUGGGGUUGUGCGGGAUGUUUUCGGGUCGGACAGAUUGGGGAAUGUGCGGGUUGUGUAUCCUUGUGUCGAUACGGGGGCUGGUCCUUUGUCGUCGUCGCAAUCGGUUACUGAGCAGGGCGAGGAGGUGAAAGGGGAUGGCGGAGAGAGGCUUUGGGGUGGGAGGAAGAAGAUUGUGCUGAGUAUUAAUCGGUUUGAGAGGAAGAAGGAUAUGGGACUUGCCGUGAGGGCGUAUUAUGGGCUUGGGGAGGAAGAGAGGAGGGGGACUAGAUUGGUUAUUGCUGGCGGCUAUGACAAUCGUGUCCCCGAAAACGUGCAAUAUCACCAAGAACUCGAUGCCCUUGCGACGAGUCUGGGUUUGCAGACCGCAACAUCCAAAACCAUCAUAUCCGCUCUCUCUAUCCCAGAUUCGAUAGACGUGCUCUUCCUCCUUUCUGUGCCGACAGCAUUCAAAGAAACUCUUCUCUCCCAAUCAAGCCUCCUCAUAUACACUCCUGUCAAUGAACACUUCGGUAUUGUCCCCGUUGAAGCAAUGCGCGCUGGUAUUCCUGUCCUUGCAUCCAACACUGGUGGUCCACUGGAGACGAUCGUUGAAGGCGAAACGGGCUGGCUCCGAGACGCAAAGAAGAUCCCCGACUGGACUGCCGUCAUGCACAAGGCCCUCUACGAGAUGGACCAGACGGCGCGUGAUCGGAUGUCGGAUGCUGGAAAGGCUAGGGCGAGUAAGGAAUUCUCCCUAACUGCCAUGGGUGACAAGCUUGAAGAGGAAAUCUUGGACAUGCUGAACAGUAAGAGGAGGCCGUUUAAUGGAUUGCAGCAGAUCGGGAUUAUUGGUCUCACCUUGUUUGGUAUUACACUUUCGGUGAUUGCGGCAUUCAUCUGGAGAGUGAUGUAAACUAUUUUACCUGGAAUAAAGUUCUCCAUUAUCCUAAUUUAUGUACCGUAUAUCUAUAUACUCAAUGGAAGUCGUAUCCA